GUCGGCAGCAGGCAGCAGUGCCUGAAAUUUUUGAAAACAAAGCCACAUGGACUCCGCUAUUUGAAUUCCUGUUUGAGAUUUUUCACUUUUCUUUGACAUUUACGAAAUUUAAUAAGUCUCCAUAAGGCUAUAGUUUCAAUUGGCAACUGAAAAUUGUUUUCACAGCAGGACCAACCAUGACUGACGAAGCAAUGGACUGUGAAGAUUCCUGUGAUUUUGAUCACAUGGAUUCACACACUCCACCAGACACUCCUGCAGCAGAACCUCUGAGAAGCUGUCCGGAGACAGUUGUAGUUGUGCCGAAUGCAUUCGAUCCUCAGCCUAUGACCAUUCAUCAGUUGGCCUAUCAAGCCGAAGGCAACCUUUUGGCUGUUUCCAGAUAUGCCAGAAAAAUACCAGUGCCAGAGGGCUCAAAAGUAGCCAUUGAAGAACCAGUUGGAAAGAUUGAAAUUUGGGGAACGAGGCCUUUGUAUAGAUUAAAGCAGUCGAUUUACUUGCCCGGAGAGUUCAGCUCCAUUGAAAGCCUACACUGGUACAAGGGAAGGCUGUUUUCGUGUGGUAUCCACGGACAUCUGGUGGAAUACGACAUUAAAAAUGAAAAAAUAAAGAAAUGGACCAGUGUUGUUGGAGGAAUUAAGUGGUGCAUGGCCAUUGACAAUGCUACUGGUCGUAUUGCAAUUGGCUCGGAAGAUGGCUUUGUGGCCAUUAUGCAAAUCUAUGAUUACGACAUUGAGACGGAUCAAAUUCUAGACAGGCAGGAGGAUAGAGUUUUAUGCAUUUCCUGGAGUCCUGACGGCACUAAACUUGCUACAGGCUCUCCAAAUGCUGUACGCAUCUGGGAUGUAAAAUCUGGGCAGGCAGUGGAUAGAAUCAGUUUGGGCCAGACGAGAGCUAAGGAUGACACCAUAGUCUGGUGCAUCUCGUUCAUUGACAACUUCACCUUUGCUACCGGAGACUCGAAGGGCCGUGUUUGUAUUUGGGAUGCCAAAAUGGGCGUCUGUUCAGAGAUUCAUGAGACGAAAUCACAGCAAGUUCAAUGCUUAGCAACAAUUGAAAACAAAAUUUACUGUGCUGGUGUUGGAAAAAGCAUUCAAGUUUUGAUGAAAAGCAAGGAUGAUUUAAGCAAUAAGUGGGUCAUUGGUGCAACAAGGACUUGUCACACCCAUGAUGUUCGAGCCCUUGUAGCUGUGACUUCAAGCGAACUUGUUUCAGGAGGUGUUGAUUCAUAUAUGAUCGUUUCUAAAGCGCCACCUUUGAGUGUCAAUGUAAUUCCACCAUAUCAUAGCUCGGAUAUAUUAACUGCGCCAUCAAAAAACCUCUUCAUGGUUCGCUACAUCAACCACACGGAAGUCCUGCAACUACCUCCCAAUUCCCAUUUGGUGAAUAAGAUUUUCCAAUUCAAUACAAGCUCUCCCCUGACAACCAUAGGCAUUUCUGAUGAUGGAAACUGGUGUGCUCUGAGCACAUUGAAAAAUUCCAAAAUAUUCGCUCUGGUUUGGCCGUUUAAAAAAGCAGUUGAGGCUUCUGCUGAAUCAAUCAUGCUCCCCUCAAGUCAUUAUAAGGCUUUCAAAAGGAUAACAUUUUCAGACCCUUCUCAAAUGGCUGCUGUUGUUACAAAAGAUAACAAAAUCCGUUGUCUUUUGUUGUUGCAUGAAAUUAAAGCAGUCACUGAAACUUACAUAGUGGAUGUUGCUUCCGUUCUUUCUCCCCGGUCAACCGUUAAUUUGAUGAAGUUUUCCGAGCACCAUCUCAUUUUGUCUGACUUUGACGGAAAUGUCGCAUUAAAGCAUGCAAGUGAAGAAAUGUCAAAGAAAUCAGACUGGAAGCUCCUUCCUAAAAACAGCCACGAAUUGACCGCAAUGGCUCUUCAGAACACAGUCAAAAAUAAGAUAUUACUUUUCUAUUCUGAUGGACAGAUAUCUGAGCUUGCAAUUGAAGGUUUCUCAUACAAAAUUCUGCAACCAAACUCUGAGGGACAGAAGCUUCAUGGCACUGGAGUUACCGGGAACUCGCUUACGACUGUCUGCUCCCAUUUGACCAAGAAAGGAUAUUUUAUGUCUGUGGACGGCGGAAAGCUGCUUGGCUUCAACUACUUCAAUAUGCUAUUGCAAAAACAGGGCAAAGGCAGUAAGAGGUAUCCCCCAAUGACAGAAAGCAACCUUGGAAAAUUUUUGGUCAACAUAACUCAAAACUCUAAUGGGGAUAUUUGUGUUGUGCGCGCUUCUCAUGAGAGGCUUCUCGAGAAGUUGCCACCUAUGCCUUUUGCAAAAACUUUUGGGACUCAAUUAAUGUAAAUUAUAAAUAUACUUUAUUUUUUAUUGAAA